AAAAGGGGAGCAGCUCGCUCUUGCUGGAGUCACUGCUUUUACACUCUAAAUGAGAAGAACAAGAAAGUACAGGAGAAAAAACCUCAAGAGGAAAAUUAAGAAAACACUUUUCCAAUUGGGAUUAUAUUUUCCGUUUUUUCCGUCUUCACAAGAGAGCUUCUUCAACAUGCCGGUGUCUAGAAUGAAGAUGCGGCCGUGGCUGGAGAAAAUGAUCGAGUCUAGAAGCAUCGCAGGUCUGGCCUGGCUUGAUGAGGAGAAGAGCAUGUUCUCCAUUCCUUGGAAGCACGCAGCUCGCCACGGCUGGGACAAGGACAAGGACGCUAGCCUGUUUAAGAAGUGGGCCAUCCACACAGGGAAAUACAUUGAGGGUAGCACCGAGGGCGACGCCAAGACCUGGAAAGCCAACUUCCGUUGCGCCAUGAACUCGUUGCCUGACGUUGAGGAGGUGAAGAACAAGAGCAUCAAUAAGGGCCAUUUGGCCAUGCGAGUCUUCCGGAUGCUUCCCCCGAAACAGAAAGCCAAACAACACAAAGCAAAGUCCAAGAAGCAGGUCAAAAUGGCGGCAGAGGACACAGACUACAGCGAUACCCAGUCGCCGCCCGACUUGUCUCGGCUGCACGACGACCUCGAGUUCCCUCAGGAGAACAUAGUGGACAGCACAAUGUGCACGGACUCGCAAGGCGACGAGUCGCGCACAAGGAGUCCGUCGGACGACCCGCAGCCAUGGAGGACUUCCUUUAAUGAUAUUUCUUCGUAUGGACUGGGGAGCGACCUGUCCAUCAGCUUCGAAAACCGAUUCCAAGUUUCGCCCGAGCGUAGCCCUGAGUUUGAACACGACAUCGUGGAGAUUUGCCAACAACUGGAAAGAGACGCACAAUUCCUCAAGAACAGUUGCUCAAGAACAAUUCCUCAAGACAGCAAGCCACUCCUGAGCCCGUGCACCAGUCCGGGAAGCCAGUGGAGCGAGUCUUCAGCCGACGACGUAGACGAACAGUCGCUGCACCCUCAGUACAUCACGCUCAACUCAGACUUCAACAUGCCGCCGCUGGCGACGGAUGAGUCCUGGAGCGACUUCGGUGGCCCGAGAUUCGGCAGCUUCCAUUAUGGACUGAACGAUGGUCAUUCAUUGGACUUUAUAAGCCUCUCGCCGUUAAUGAUGUGAUCACCCCUCAUCCUUCGCUGACUCUUGCCCACUGGUGUGCACUCAGGAAUUGUUUUGUAAAAUAUAGAAUUUUAGGCCUACAGCAUCUCCGGUGGCCAAAAAAUUUCGCCUUCUCCUUCUCCUUGUUCCUGACACACACAGCUCUUUGGUUUUCAAACUGGUUGCAGCUAUAACGAUUAUUGUCAUGGGCAACGUCUGAAGGAAUUUUGACAUGAAGGGACUACUACUUUCAUUCCAUCUCUGUUUCUGAGCGAGGAGUCCAUCCAUCCAUCCAUCCAUCCAUCCAUCCAUCCAUCCAUCCAUCCGCAGAGCAGUUUUCUCUCAAUUUUACAGGGGACAAAAAUGUCAUCUAUUUUGUUGGGAGCAUGAUAACCAAGCAUUUACCCUCAGCCCAACAAUCCCAAACACUUGUACAUGUAAAUAUUUGUUUGUUGUAUUUUUUCUAAUAAAAACAAAAACCGUA